AUGGUCUGCACAUCCUGCGGGUUCGAGUGUGCCAGCCGUGCAGAAUCAUGGCAGCAUACCCGCGCGACAGGACACCAGCAUUUCAGAGGAGCCUUCGGUGAUGGUGUGGAUGACCACACACCUCAGCCCAUGAUGUGCGCACGGUGUGGGCACUUCUCCGGAAACAGAGCCGAUUCUUGGAAGCACACUCAGGCCACGGGUCAUACCUUCUUCCACAGCAUCAACUUGGACGACUUCGUAGGCUGUGAGUUCAUGGACCGAAGGACACUGCAAAGCGUGCUUGAGGCCACGCUGAAAGACGUGCUUCCACAAAUCAUUUCCGAGACAGCGCCAGGCGAUGCUGGCACGGACCGAGAGACAUGCGUCCGACCUGAGUGCUGCAUCCCUGCAGACGGCCGACACGGUUGGGGCGGUGUCUGCUCCAUUGACUGCAUGGCCAAGCCGGCAGGGCCAGAAGCCUUCUGCAGCCGUGCUUCCCAGGAAGAGUGGACGUCCAUCAAGUUGCGGCUACAAGCUCGCUGGAGCGCGGACGGUACACGGGGAAGUCCAGCACUCCCCUGCGCAAUAUACAAGAUCCAUGCUUCCGCAGAAAUGGUCGAGCAAUUUGACAGGAGAUGCGGCUCUAUUGGCUUUGCGACGGCAACAGGUGCCUCUAGCAGCCCUGGAAACCAAAUCGACAUGCUGCAUGGCACCCGACAGCUGUGCCAGAUGGAAUUCUCCGGCCAACCAUGCGCCCACCCAGGUUGUUGCGCCUGUGGAAUCAUGCGCAGCGGCUUCGACAUCUCCAAUUUGGCCAGGAGCACUGGAAACAGGGGAGCAUUCGGCGCUGGACACUACUCGACCAGCUUUUGGUCCACGGCGAUGGGAUAUGGCAAUGUGGUCCUGCUUUGCAAGGUGGCUGCUGGAAGAUCUGAACAAGUUACUUCGACAACGUCGGAGCCAAUCCCCUCAGGAUAUCAUUCGCGGCUCGUAGUGAAGAAGAGUGGAGUAGAUGAGCUUAUGGUGGAGCGGGACGACCAGAUGCUGCCGCAAUUUCUUGUCCAGUUCUAG